AUGGGUUAUUUCCCUCCAAAGAAACGCAUUUGUCUGGAUUUGCAUCACUAUGCUAUACCUGCCACCUCUGCGGACCCAGCAAUUGCUGUUCAAAAGGAACCUAUAAAAUCUACAGCCCUGCAGCGACGUGAAGCUCCCACAGAUCGUUUUUAUAUGUUUCGAUGGCUUCCCAAGGAGCUUCAGCUUGAAAUCUGGAAGAUCGCUGCUGCAGACAUUGAUGCGCAAGUUAUUACGAUAGAUACCAAGGUUCACCCCAUCAAUGACCAAUCGAAAGUCAACCAAUGCCAUCGAGGUUCCGCAUACGUUCAUAGAAAUAGCGCAUCCACCGAUACUGAAAUUACAUCACUCGUGGCCCAAUAUCAGAUUCCAAAUCUGCUCCACACCUGUGGAGAUGCUAGAGAAGUAGCGUUGAAAUACUACCGUCCAGUAUUUGGCCGCGAAAUAGGCGGCGCACCUAUCUACAUGGCUAUGGACCAUCGUCGUGCUCCCGACACAUUUUGUUUCAACAACCUGAAAGCUCUCACAAUGCUGCGCUCAAGCACACGAAAUUUCAACCGGGGUGCUAAAACUGAUAUGGAUUCUAUCAAAUCUGCCAUCGUGUGUAUGAAAGUGCACAAUCUUCCUCGCAGGAACUAUCAAGGUUUUCGUUGGAUAACAUCAUCGCUUCGAGAAAUCAGCACUCUAUGGAUUGCGCGGGAUAAGCCGUGUAUGUGUGGCCGGAAGCACACCACAAUCGCAUCAACGAUAAAGCAGUUACCGCACCUACUAGCAGAAACCAUGAUUCAGCAGCACGCUACUUUGCAACAAAAGAAGAAGCUUAAGAGCCGCGAUUUGUUUUUCGACGAAAUCAUCAGAUGUGUGGAGAACCCAGGAUAUUCUGUUACGAAAUAUGGGUUUGAGAUUCCGCAGGCUAAAAUCACGUCAGUAGAUAAGCUGAAGCAAAUUUAUGAGCAGUCUGUUGGGAAGGGGGCACGAUCCGAAUGGUUACCCUAG